AUGGCUGAUGUACCAGAAGGGGAACAACCAAAGCUCUCAAAGAAGGAGCUUAACAAGCUAGCCAGGAAAGCCAAGAAAGAUGAAAAAGCUGCCGAGAAAGGAGAAAAUCAACAACAAUCUGCGGCUAUGGAGCAAGAAGACUACUCCAAGGACUUCUAUGGAUCUUAUGGUCUUGUGAAUUCAAAGGAAAAGAAGGAACUGAACUUCCUGAGAGUAAAAGAAGUGAAUGUCGCCAACGCUACAAAGGAUAUUUGGGUUCGAGGACGCGUUCAUACCAUUCGCUCCAAAGGAAGGAACUGUUUCAUUGUUCUUCGUCAAGGAGUUUACACUGUCCAAAUUGCUAUGUUCAUGAACGACAAAAUCAGCAAACAAAUGCUCAAGUUUGUGUCUUCGAUUUCCAAGGAAUCAAUCAUUGAUGUCUUUGCGACAAUUAACAAAGUCGAGACACCAAUUGAAUCCUGUACCCAGAAGGAUGUAGAACUCCUUGCUCAACAAGUGUUUGUCGUAUCCUCAUCCGCUCCAAAACUUCCUCUGCAAAUUGAGGACGCGUCUCGCAGAGCUCCAACCGACGAGGAAAAGAAUAGCGAGCAAGAAAAUCAACUGGCCGUUGUCAACUUGGACACAAGACUCGACAACCGCGUUCUUGAUCUUCGUACCACAACUUCGCAUGCUAUUUUCCGCAUCCAAGCAGGAAUUUGCAACCAAUUCAGAAACAUUCUCGAUGCUAGAGGAUUCGUUGAGAUUAUGGCUCCAAAGAUCAUCUCAGCUCCAAGUGAAGGAGGUGCUAAUGUUUUCGAGGUCUCCUACUUCAAGGGGUCUGCUUACUUGGCCCAAUCCCCACAGCUCUACAAGCAAAUGGCUAUUGCUGGAGAUUUCGAGAAGGUCUACACAAUCGGACCAGUUUUCCGCGCGGAGGAUUCCAACACCCAUCGCCAUAUGACCGAAUUUGUUGGACUCGAUUUGGAGAUGGCAUUCAACUUCCAUUAUCAUGAGGUUAUGGAGACAAUCGCUCAAGUUCUCACUCAACUGUUCAAGGGACUACAACAGAACUAUCAAGAUGAAAUUUCCGCAGUUGGAAACCAAUACCCAGCUGAGCCAUUCCAGUUCUGCGAGCCACCACUCAUUUUGAAAUACCCUGAUGCCAUCGCUCUUCUCCGUGAACAUAAAGUUGAAAUUGGAGAUGAGGAAGACCUGUCGACACCAGUGGAGAAGUUCCUUGGAAAGUUGGUGAAGGAGAAGUACCAUACCGAUUUCUAUGUUCUCGACAAGUUCCCAUUGGCCGUCCGCCCAUUCUACACGAUGCCAGAUGCCCAUGAUGGUCGUUAUUCCAACAGUUACGAUAUGUUCAUGCGCGGAGAGGAGAUUCUAUCUGGAGCUCAACGUAUCCAUGAUGCUGAUAUGCUUGUCGAGCGCGCCAAGCAUCAUCAAGUCGACCUCGCCAAGAUUCAAUCCUACAUUGAUGCCUUCAAAUAUGGAUGUCCACCACACGCCGGAGGAGGAAUUGGUCUUGAGAGAGUCACCAUGCUCUUCCUGGGACUUCACAACAUUCGUCUUGCCUCGCUCUUCCCACGUGAUCCAAAGCGGUUGACUCCAUAA